AUGAUAUUUAACUAUUGUUUAAGUCGUGCAAGAAUAACUAUCGAGAAUACUUUUGGGUUAUUAGCAGCAAGAUUUAGGAUAUUUAGAAGGCCAAUUAUUGCCAGUGAAAAAACAGUUCAUGCUACCAUUCAAGCAACUGUAGUGUUACACAAUUAUGUAAUCAGUAAUGAGAAACUGAAAGGUACUGACAAUUACUGUCAAUCAGUUCAUGAUAAGCAGUUAACUACCAGGCAAGAAAGAAGAGAUAAUCAAUCAGGUGGUUUGUUGCCAGUUCUACAAAUGGGAUCUAAUAACCUCCCAAAGGAAGGAAAAGAUGUCAGAGAAAAAUUUACCAAUUACUUCUCUGGAGAAGGAGCUCUUGAUUUCCAAUAUGAUAUCAUAUAA